CACGCGUCUAACCGCGACAUGACUUCGACUUUGAACGCGCCUCCGUUCGAAAUUCGAAUGAAUUAACCGCGAAAAUUUUGUAUGUUUUUUUUUUCUGUGGAACUGAUGUGUGGCCAGUGUUGAAUGUGCACGUGUUAUCUUCUUGAGGCCGUUUGGAUUUAAAUUGUAAUUAAGUUAACAAAUGCGGGUAUAACAUUUAAAAAAUAAUUUAAUAAGUAACCUAGAUUAUCUAUGGUUUAAUAUGUAUUAUAAAUUAGUUCGUAAGGCCUUGAAGAUAAUGAGCGCACAUUGUUAAACAGUUUUACAAAGACAUGUAAAAUUAAUUGCAAAAUGUUCAGUGAUAUAAUGUGAAUUGAAAGGAAGUGAAUACGAGGACUAUCACAAUGUGCAGCAAGGAUCAAAUUAAUCACAUCCUCGGAAAGAUCAAUGUGGGCCUCCCAUCGUGGUCGCGCGGCCUGGAGGCUGCGGAGGCGGCGCGCACGCGCCUCGUGCGCUGGGCGUGCGGCGAGCCCCCCGAGGAGCCAGACCCUCCUCGUAAGAAGAUGCCGCACGCGCUCCGCCGACGGUGGCCGCUGUGCCCCUGCUUGCAGAAUGACGAACCCCCGGAGAUUACAUAUUGCGUGGUGGGGGGAGAGGGAGGGCUGGCGUUACAAGCCGUCACACCCACUCACCCCAUGCCCCCUCAGGAGGAGUUGGACGCUAAGUUUGCUGAACUGGUGGAGGAGUUGGACUUGACAGCAGUAAAUAAAGCAGCCAUGAUGGAUUUACCGGCCGCGAAAAAAUGGCAGAUAUACUGCAGUCGGCGACCACCACCAGGCCAGGCCCCUCCACUGGCCACCGCCCCUCAAGUGGAGGAAUACAUCAAGGCGCUGAAUGAAAUCGCUGAUGCCUUUGCUUCAACGGACGGUAUACCACCAGCGGAAGCCUGCGCCCUAGUGGAUGGUUUAAAAACUGCACUCCGAACUCGAGCUCAUAGCUUCGUACUCCGUUUCGUUAAACAAGGAGGCCUGGGGGCACUUCUAGAUGUUUUACAACGAGCUUCAAGGGACGAUGCACUCACCAGACAUAAUCUCAUCGCUGCGAUAAAGGCUUUGAUGAAUAACUCUACUGGCCGUGCUCAUGUUCUAGCACAUCCCACCAGUAUAGAUCUGAUUGCACAGUCGUUAGAUACAGAGAAUGUUAAGACAAAAGUAGCAGCGUUGGAAAUACUCGGUGCUGUUUGUUUGGUGCCAGGAGGACACAAAAAGGUACUAGAGGCCAUAGUUCACUAUCAAAAGUAUGCUGGCGAACGCGCCCGUUUCCAAGGGAUCGUGAACGAACUCGAUCGGAGUACGGGAGCGUACCGUGACGACCUCGGCGUGAAGACUGCCAUCAUGUCGUUCAUUAAUGCCGUCUUAAAUUAUGGACCUGGAGAGGAUAGUUUGGAGUUCAGACUGCAUCUCAGAUAUGAACUGCUCAUGUUGGGGAUAAUGCCAGUAAUCGAAAAAAUGAGAAAGUACGAAAACGAGACAUUGGACCGUCACAUCGAGUUCUUCGAGAUGGUUCGCAACGAAGACGAGAAAGAGCUCGCCAGGCGAUUCGACAAGGAGCACGUGGACACCAAGAGUGCCGCGGCCAUGUUCGAGCUGCUGAGGAGGAAGCUCAGCCACACCGCCGCUUACCCGCAUAUGCUGUCCUUACUGAAACACCUGCUUCUGUUGCCGUUGGAGUACAGUCCACACUCGCAGCACUGGUUGCUGGUGGAUCGCGUAGUGCAGCAAGUGGUACUGCAGCAGCCUAGUGCCGGUAGUCGUGCCAACAGCGAGCAGGGCAGUUUACCUGAUGUUAACACCGACCCCACCAAGAUUUACGAUCCCGACGUGGCGCCCCUUGAAAUUAACGUGGGAGAAAUUGUACACCUUUUAGCCAAAGAAGAAGAACUCGUUGCUGCCAGAACGAAAGCAGAGAAUCUAGAACGAGAGAAUGUUGAUUUGGCUACGGAGCUUGCUAAAAAGGAGAAGCAAGUGGACCAGCAGGCGCAGGAGCGCGAGGAGCUGGAGGAGGUGGUGGCGCGGCUCAAGGAGCGGCUCGAGCGCGAGACCGCCGCGCACAUGGAGAGCGCCGAGCGCGCCCGCGCCGCCGCCGCGCGCGCGCUGCACCUCGACCACCAGUUAAAUCAGGAAAGAUCAGAAAGAGUGAGAUUCGAGAAACUAGUCAGCGAAGGAAGUAUACCUGAUGACGCUAAGGUGAGCAAUUUGAAGACCGCUGUGAUUGAAAGCUGCACGGCACCUCCCCCUCCACCCCCUCCUGCACCGCUUCCACCACCAGCCCCUCUACCACCUCUUUCAGGCCUAGCCCCUGCCCCACCCCCUCCAGCCCCACUCGCCCCUCUAGCACCUGCACCUCCUAAACCUAAAAAGAACGUACCCACCCCCGGAAAUCCAUUGAAAAGCUUCAAUUGGAGCAAGCUACCAGACACGAAACUCCACGGCACCAUCUGGCAAGAGCUCGAUGACACCAAGUUGUACAAUGCCAUAGAUUUGCACACGAUCGAUAAGAUGUUCUGCGCGUACCAGAAGAACGGUGUACAGAAUGAAGGGUCCGUUGAAGACUUACGCCAGUUGGGAUCAAAGCCUCGAACAAAAAUCUUAUCUGUUAUUGACGGGCGCCGUGCACAAAAUUGUACCAUCUUGCUUUCCAAGCUAAAGAUGACGGAUGAAGAAAUAUGUCGAGCGAUAUUACGGAUGGACAAUAACGAGCAACUACCCAUCGAUAUGGUGGAACAGCUGCUCAAGUUCACACCCAGCGCUGAGGAGGCCGCCCUGUUAGAGGAGCACCAAGACGAGCUUGAUAGCAUGGCGAGAGCCGACCGGUUUCUAUACGAGAUUUCCAAGAUCCCGCACUACUCGCAGCGCGUGCGCACGCUGCUGUUCAAGAAGAAGUUCGCGGCGGCGGCGGCCGAGGCGCAGGCGCGCGCCGCCAGCGUGCUGCGCGCCGCGCGCGACAUGACGCGCUCGCGCCGCCUGCGCGCGCUGCUCGAGCUCGUGCUCGCGCUCGGCAACUACAUGAACAGGGGUGCCCGCGGCAAUGCUUCUGGGUUCCGGUUAUCGUCGUUGAACAAACUUGCAGACACGAAAUCCAGUGUAUCACGAAAUACCACCUUAUUACAUUUCCUCGUAGAAAUGCUCGAAACACAGUUCAAAGACAUACUUCUGCUAGAAGAGGACUUGCCGCACGUCCGCGCGGCGGCCAAGGUAUGCGUGGAGCAGCUGGAGAAGGACGUGGCGGCGCUGCGCAGCGGGCUGCGCGAGGUGGCGCGCGAGCUGGAGUACCACGCGUCGCUGCCCGCGCCCGCCGCGCCGCACGACGCCUUCCAGCCAGUCAUGCGCGAGUUCCACGCGCACGCCGUCUGCACAUUCACGCAGCUGGAGGAUCUCUUCCAGGACAUGAAGAGCCGGCUGGAGACGUGCGCACACACGUUCGGCGAGGAGGCGAGCGCAUCGCCCGAACAGCUGUUCGGCGUGCUGGACGUUUUCCUGCAGCAGCUGGCUGACGCGCGCGCCGACUGCGACGCGGCGCGCCGCCGCCGUGACGACGAGCAGCGCCGCACGCGCCACGAACAGGAGCUCAAAAAACGCACCCUGGAACGCAAACAAGCCUCAAGCCUGCUUAGUUCCGUAGGGAAGUCACUAGGCAAAUCAAACGGAACAGCAGACUGCAACGGUCACGCCAACGGAGACGCAUCCCGGGACGGUACACUGACAAAUGGUCAGAAAGGUGAGUUCGACGACCUUAUCUCGGCCUUGAGGACCGGUGAUGUCUUCGGAGACGACGUAGCCAAGUUCAAGAGAUCUCGGAAAGCUUCCAAAGCCAGUCAUAAAGGGAGAGAUUCUCCUCCGAGAGGAGUUUGCAGGGAAGACUCUAGGGAAAGGCAGAAGAACUGAACAAAGAAAAAGAAAGAAAGGUUGUGUAAGCAACGCUUGAAUGUCUAAUAAACUGUAGAAUUACAGUCGUAGAAUAAUUUCAAUACGUGAUAUAUUCCUGGUUUUAUUUAGACGACAUUCUGAACGUGAUAAGGUUUUCGAGUCGCAAAUAUUGAGAUUAUAAUAUUGUGUGAGUAGGAAUCUUGUGGAACAAAUAUGGCGAUGUUUAUGGCUAUUCUGUAAGGAUACCAAAUGUUAUCGAUAUCAAUCGACCACCGACGCAACUGACGACUGGAUUGCUACUACGAAGCUAAAAUAAAAAUAUGGGAGACGAGUUAAUAUAAAGAGAAAAGUAGAUUCAUUGCUUUACUUUUAUCUUUUUAAGAAGCUUCAGUUUUAAACCAGUUGCUAGUUUGUUGAUAAUAUUGUUUAAUAAAAAUAGCAAAUAAAUAUUACUCGAAAUUAGUAAUGUUAGAUAUUCAGAUUGGCUUUUUUGAGACAUAGGAGUUGAUUCCGAGAUACCUUUCUAAACCCAUUUCAGAACUUCUAAUAUGAUAUUAUAAAAAUUAAGGGCCAAUAUGGGCUAAAUUUUUAGUAGAUUUUAGUCAAAAUUAUUAUAAAUUUUAUUUAAAAUGAUCUAUAAAACAAUAAUUUCAUGAUACUAUCAAAUUCAAAUAUUAGGUUAUGAGAUAGUUUUAGAAUAAUGGCAUCUCAGAAUCAAUCCCACUUUUUAUUUAUAGAAUCCAUGGUGAUUACACUAUGAAAUAUUUUAACACCAAUGAAGUGUCAUAAAAUUUUAGGCAACAACGAAUAUCCGCUGCCAUUUAGGUACCUAUUACUUUAAUAAUACCACAUAUUAUUCUUAAGAACACAAUUUUGGUGCCUAAAUAUGUAAGAUUUUCGGAUUUUUUUUUUAAUUUUUGACGAUUUGGCCUUUGGCUAUCGACUGAUGAAGUCAAAGACUGGCAUGUUAUUCCAUAGACCUAAUUAUAUACAAUAUUUGUACUGAUAAGCGAUGUGUGAUUUGAAUAACCAUAGAGUAGUGUAUUGAUUUUUUUCAAUAGAGUUUUUUAUGUGUAUAGAUAAAAACUUAUUUUCUAGGCCGUCCUUACAGAAAUAUUUGAGUUUAUUUUUAUACUGUGUUACUUUUACUUCAAUGAUACAUCAAGUCUGUUCAAAUAUCGGGGUUUACCAGAAUGUUAUGAGUUUUUUUUUUAUUAAAAUGAUCUAAGUAAGUACCUACGUGUUUUUACGAUGUUGUAAUGACGGUCCAAUUUAAGUAAUGUUUCAAGUUAUGGGGCAUAAUGUUUACAUAUCCUCUAAUAUCUUGUCACACAAAGCACUGCAAGAUUUUUUUGUAAAAUAUUAUGAAUUGACAUAUUCCUAUUGUAUUAAUUGAUAACAAUAAUAUAUAUUUAGGAAUUGACACAACAGGCUACCAACAAAUGGAUUUUAGGAUUUUUUAAUACAAUUUAUAAGAAGUAGAUAAAAUUUUUGAUAAAUUUACAUUAUACAGAUUUCCUAUUGAUUUUUUUUUAAUAUUUCUUAAAUUUAUACAUUUUAUAAAGUGAUACGUGAAGUUAUUUUAUUUUUUGUAAAUAUUAUUUUAAUUUGCCAAAAUUUGUUACCGUGACGACAUAGAAAGAGAACUCUAGUAAUUUAUUCAAAUUUCGUAUGUACCGAAGUUUAUGAUUAUGUAAAUUUUAUUGUUUUGUUCAGUAUUGUAUAAGCGUAUAGUAUAUUAAUGUAAUUAUUAUAACUACUUAUAGACUAUUUAAAUUAAAUAUUUGAAACUA